UCUCAGCUCUAAGAAUACCAGUCUCACUUAAAGGCUCUCUUAUUUGAUCACCUUCUUGGACUGUUCUAGAAACACAGACAGUGUUCCAUUAUCCAUGGCUGCUUCUGUCUCAACCGUCGGAGCUGUUAACAGAGCAACGCUCAACUUAAACGGUGUCGUUCACGGGGCAUCAUCGCAACCGAGCUCAUCCUUCUUUGGAAACAGGUUGAAGAAAGGGAAUUCUAAGAUCGGUCAGCAGAGGAUUCCAGUUGGGAAAUUGAAGGUGAAAGCUGAAUAUGAUGAGGAGAAGCAGACCUCGAAGGACAGGUGGAGAGGGCUCGCAUACGACACGUCGGAUGAUCAGCAGGACAUCACAAGAGGAAAGGGAAUGGUGGACACUCUGUUCCAAGCUCCAAUGGACGCCGGGACUCACUAUGCUGUUUUGAGCUCCUAUGACUACAUCAGCGCUGGUCUUCGCCAAUAUAGUUUGGACAACAAUAUGGAUGGUUUCUAUAUUGCUCCAGCUUUCAUGGACAAAGUUGUUGUUCACAUCACUAAGAACUUCUUGAACUUGCCAAACAUUAAGGUUCCUCUUAUUCUGGGUAUCUGGGGAGGUAAAGGUCAAGGAAAAUCGUUCCAAUGUGAACUUGUGUUUGCAAAAAUGGGAAUCAAUCCAAUUGUGAUGAGUGCUGGAGAAUUGGAAAGUGGAAAUGCUGGAGAGCCUGCAAAGCUGAUCCGGCAAAGGUACCGCGAGGCAGCAGACAUAAUCAAGAAAGGGAAAAUGUGUUGCCUCUUCAUAAACGAUCUUGAUGCUGGAGCCGGUAGGCUUGGAGGAACCACUCAAUACACAGUCAACAACCAGAUGGUGAAUGCCACACUCAUGAACAUUGCCGACAAUCCUACCAGUGUCCAACUUCCUGGAAUGUACAACAAGGAGGAAAAUCCCCGUGUUCCGAUCGUUGUAACAGGAAAUGACUUCUCCACCCUCUACGCCCCUCUCAUACGUGAUGGUCGUAUGGAGAAGUUCUACUGGGCACCUACUAGAGAAGACAGGAUCGGUGUCUGCCUAGGUAUCUUCAGGACUGACAACGUCCCUAAGGAGGACAUUAUCAAGCUUGUUGACACUUUCCCGGGGCAGUCCAUUGACUUCUUUGGUGCCCUGAGAGCCAGAGUUUAUGAUGAUGAAGUAAGGAAGUGGGUCUCCAGCAUCGGAGUGGAAAACAUUGGGAAAAGACUAGUGAACUCGAAAGAAGGACCCCCGACGUUUGAGCAGCCAAAGAUGAGCCUUGACAAGCUGCUCGAGUACGGAAACAUGCUUGUCAAAGAACAAGAGAAUGUGAAGCGAGUUCAGUUGGCAGACAAGUACUUGAAAGAGGCGGCACUAGGAGAUGCCAAUGAGGAUUCAAUUAAGAGUGGAAACUUCUAUGGGAUAGCUGCUCAACAAAUUAAUCUUCCUGUCCCAGAAGGCUGCACUGAUCCAUCUGCAGAAAACUUUGAUCCAACUGCCAGGAGUGACGAUGGGAGCUGCCAGUAUCAAUUUUAAUUCAAGUCUACAAAAACAUAUAUAGGCACUUGAGAUUGCAUAACAAGUUUUCUUUUCCUUUUUUUUUUUUUAAAAAAAAAAGGGAAGAAUAAGCUGGUCUAAUAAAG